GUGCAAUGCCAUGACGUUAUUCUGGUGCAGAGCCCAGGCUCCUUCCCCGGCUUGCGCGGCUGGCGUUUCUUGAUUAAAAAAACUUGCCGGAUAACUCUUGAGAGGGGCGGAUGGUGGAAACAUGGAGCCGUCCUCCUUCCCUUCGUCUCCAGCCGGUUGAGGGUUUGAAACCCGCCAAGUUUAGCGCGGCGGCUUCGGUCCUAGAGGGCGCUGAAAUCGACUCUGCAGGAGGAGCUUGUGGCUCAGGGCGGGUCCCGCAGAGCAGCUGCCGGUUCCUGGCCGGCUUCUGGGAAGAGCAGGAGCGACGGGAUCGCUGAGCUGUUUGGCGGAGCUUCGUGCGGGCAGCGGCGCCCGGGCGUGGGCAGGAUGGUCGGUGCAGAGGGGGGAUCGCCCAACCCUGGGCCGGCUGCGGUCUCGCUGGGCUUGAGUGUGGCCGUGGUCUCGAGCCUGGUGAACGGAUCCACAUUCGUGUUGCAGAAAAAAGGGAUCGUGCGGGCAAGAGGCAGAGGAACGUCAUAUUUAACUGACAUAGUAUGGUGGUCAGGCACUAUUGCAAUGGCUCUGGGUCAGAUUGGGAAUUUCUUAGCCUACACUGCAGUUCCUACUGUUCUAGUAACUCCCCUUGGAGCUCUUGGAGUUCCAUUUGGAUCCAUUUUAGCUUCCUACUUAUUGCAAGAAAAACUCAACAUUCUUGGCAAGUUGGGCUGUCUGCUGAGCUGUGCAGGUUCUGUUGUUCUCAUAAUCCAUUCUCCAAAGUCUGAAAAUGUCACCACUCAGGCAGAACUUGAAGAGAAGCUGACAAACCCAGUGUUUGUGGCUUACCUCUGCAUUGUCCUUCUCAUGCUGCUUCUACUUAUCUUUUGGAUUGCACCGGCUCAUGGACCCACUAAUAUUAUGGUUUACAUCAGUAUUUGCUCACUUCUCGGAAGUUUCACAGUGCCUAGCACAAAAGGCAUAGGCCUGGCUGCCCAAGAUAUCUUUCACAACAACCCAUCAAGCCAAAGAGCACUGUACCUCUGUUUGGUUCUGUUGGCAGUAUUAGGAUGUAGCAUCAUCAUUCAGUUCAGGUACAUUAAUAAGGCUCUGGAAUGUUUUGACUCUUCAGUGUUUGGUGCCAUCUACUAUGUGGUAUUUACCACUCUGGUCUUGCUGGCCUCAGCCAUCCUUUUCCGAGAGUGGAGCAAUGUUGGAGUGGUGGAUUUCUUAGGGAUGGCUUGUGGAUUCACUACUGUAUCUAUUGGAAUAGUUCUUAUACAAGUUUUCAAAGAGUUCAGUUUCAAUAUUGGGGAUUUGAAUAAACCUAAUAUGAAGACUGAUUAAGAUCCUAAUCGCUGAAGGGUGGGAUAGCCAGGGAAUGAUGAGCCUUUAAUUUCUACACCAAAACAAUGUCAGAAUGUUUUAAUUUUGAGGCCUAGAGAUAAACAGUUUUUCAUUCCUUGAUGAAAUUAUUAGAGGCUUCCAUCCACUUUUCUAAGACUACUGUUGCCACGCUUCAACCAUCUAACAGCAUUAAGUGGAAUAAUCUCGCGAUUCUCACAGCAUAUGGGUAAGAAUUACAUCGGUAUAGGGACUGAUAUAUUUCUUCACUCUAAAAAGUGGUUUGUGUUGAGAAGAGUUGAAGCAUUCAGCAUAUCAGAAUUGAGGAACCAUUCAAAAUGGCUACCUUAAAUGUUCCUGCUGUGGGAAUAAACUAAUUCAGCUUCUUCUGUGCUCAACUUGGCAGAUGACAUGAGUUACAAAUGGUCCUUUUGGAAAACACAGAUAAACUUCAAAACUGAAAUUGGAUUUUCUCUUGUCUCAUUGGUACGUGGCCAUGUUUAUGGUUUUCAAAGCUGUAUUUGGGGAUUCUGAAAAUACUGUUUCAGAAUCUGUAUAUUAACAUAUUUCCUUGCUUUACUAACUGCAUCUGCAUUUUAGACUGAUCACAGGAAGUUUAGAAUUAUACAAGGCAUGUAGCAGUGCAUUUAUUACUUAAAAUAUGCCUUUUCUACCAGCUAAAGGUUGCUCACCGACUUCAGUAAACACAUGAUUCAGUUUGCAGAUAUCCCUUUUGGUGAUAAUUAUUUGAUGUGCAUUAAUGUAUGUCAUUCAUUUAAGAGCUUUUCAUGACCAUCAGAAACAAUGUGAAGGUGUGGUGACAGAUUGUAACCACUCUUCUACCUUUUUGGGUAGGUCAUUUGUAACCACUUGGAAACUACUUCAGUGCCUUUUGUAUUCCUAAAAUACCACAUAAUUUGAAUGCAUUUGUCUGUUACUUAUCUUUUAACCCUUGGCUGUCCUUGUGCUUGUGAGUGAGUAACGCAGCCAGAAAGGGCAGUAUAUUUACAGAGAGACUUUAAAGCCUGCAUUUAUAAUUGAGGUGACUGCAAUAACUUUUCUCGCACCUCCAUUAUGUGUAAUUCAGAAAACUGUUCUACAUGUUUCUAUUCCCAGUGUUCCAGUUUCCUGUAGCAAGCUCCUACAUAGCACAUUUUAAAGUCAGGUUUUGAACAGGCACUUUGCAGAGUAAAGGGAAGCUUGUAGUGCAUUUAACUUCUAAGGGGCAAUGCUAAUUCCAGACAAAGAGAGGUUAGACAAGCUAAGUGGCCUAAAUCUUCAGCAAUCUCCAAAAGAGCAGAACAGAACCUGGUAGCUAUUCAGUGCAGUUACUGAGCUGGGAGAGCUCAGAAAAGUGCAGCCCAACCGUGCUUUCCACACACUGACAAAUGCAGCUCUCACUUAAAGAAUAGAAAUCUAUAGUUGGUAUACAUGUGUCAGAAAUGAAUGAUUUGUUUUCCUUCAUGAAGCUCAACAGCUAAAGAGUAUUUGUAAGUCUAUCAUCAGUAUUUGAAUUUUAUGAAGUUAAUUACUGUCAUGGAGAAUUGUUUUGUAUCAGUUCCAAAGAACUUCACACUGGAAUAAUUAUUAGCAGACCAAUCUUGUUCUUUGCAUCAAUGCCAAUUUUGAAAGUCUCCAUUAGUUUCAAAGUUCUGUGAAAUUUAAGUACAUAAGCAAUUAGCCUAGUUAUACUCUGACUUCAAGUUCACUGAAAGAUAACUCCUGCCAGUAGAAUUUUUCAUCUCAUGUGGUGACAGCUAGCCAAAUGCAACAUUUUUCAGUUUUCUAAUUAAGUAAAGUUGAAGUUCUGCAGUACCUUUUUUUAAAAAUUGCAAAUGCCGAGUUUCUAAUUUUCAUAAAACAAGGGCUGCUUCAUAUGUUCUAGUUUAAGAGUGAACAUUGUGUAUUCUUUAAGUGUACACUGUCAUGUCCAAAGUGACCACAUAUGUUUGUUUUGGUUGACUGGGUUAAGCCAUAACAUAUGAAGUGGCUAUUCAGUAUUAAUUCAGUUUGAAUAAUUAAUUCAGUUUGAAUAAUUAAUUUGAAUAAUUAAUUAAUUAAUUAAUUAAGAACACCAACAUUUAUCAUUUGUAUUUUAUCAUAUCCCUAGAAAAACUACUAUGAAAUGUUACAUUUUAAAACAAAAACAAGAAAGAACCUACAAAGUUAAGGCCUCUGCAAAGUAAAAGCAAGAUAAGUACACAUAAAUAUGAGUACAUAUAUUCACGAAUAUACUGUGUAACAAAUAUCACAAUCCCAACAACACAUCUACAUAUAAUCAGUUGCUAAAUAAAAAUGUAGAGUGUGACAAUAUCAAAAACACCACUUACCGUAAAUACACAUUUUAAGGUUACAUGAAUAUGAAGGUUACACAGACGAACAUAACAUGAGCCCCCAGGUACUAUUUGUUUUGAAAAAUAGUCUUGGUAUAACCUUCUCAUUAAUUGGACACAGAAUAAAUAGUUCAUGUGUUGCCACUUAAAUCUUGACUAAGAAUUAAUUAAAAGGAUUUCCCACUGUAGCAGUGUGGAUAAGGAUCAUUAUCUCUCCACACUACUGUAAAUGGUAAAUACUUUCGAUUAAUUCGGGGGUGGGGCGGUCUAGAAGCCCAAAGUAUAAAUAAAUAAAUAAAUAAAUAAAUAAAUAAAUAAAUAAAUAAAUGACUUACUUUUUGUCCAAUUAAAGGGAAAAUUACUUUUUGAAAUGUGUAGUACCUGGGAGCUCAUCUUAUACUAUCCAUAUAACCUUCAGAUUUAUUUAACCUUAAAAUGUGUACUUAAGUGGUAUUUUUGAUACUGUCACAUAAACAAUGCCAUAUGUAGUAUAUUUUGAAGUUUUGUGGGGCAUUAGUAAGUGUUUUGGGGACUGUGGUAUCCAUUACACACGUUUGGAUUUUUGAGACUAUAUGUAAACAUAUUUAUGUGUGGUUAUUUUGUUUAUACUUUCCAGAGCUCUUAACUUUGUAAGUUCUUGUUUUUGUAUUGGAACCUCUCUUCACUUUUGUUUUUGAUUUUACAUUUUGAAACAUGAUAAGCUUUCAUAAUUCUAGAACAAAUUUUCAUCACAAAGGGGUUUUUUUAAUUUAAAAACAGAAUUGUGGUCAAAUAUAGGCUUGUAAUCUUUCAUAUCUUCAGUUGCCAUAGAUGUUCCUUGAA